ACACUUAACAUAAAAUUCCGCGAGUGUCAGCCAAUAUGGUGCUAUCGAAACCAUUGAUAGAGGCCUUGAGCUUUUAUUUCGGGCAACUUUAUGAACAUCCCUUGAGAACUAAAGCCAUUACAUGUUUUGCCAUCGCCACAGCAGGUAACUACACCUCCCAAAAAAUAGCUGGAAGCAAAGUACUCAACUAUCAGAGUCUUUUUGCUUAUGGGUUGUAUGGUUUAUUUCUUGGUGGAACAAUACCCCACUAUUUUUACAAUUACCUAGAAAGGGCAGUUCCAGAAGAUGGAUCUAUUGCCUUAGCUAAGAAACUUUUCCUUGAAAGGCUAAUUUAUUCACCAUUGUACCAGGCAUUUACCCUAUACACUAUUGCUAGACUUGAAGGAAAAAACCAUGAGACAGCUGUGAAACAAUUGAAGGAUUUGUAUUGGGUAGUGCUGACUAGUAGUUGGAAGUACUUGACUGUCAUCCACCUGUUGAAUCUUAGUCUUGUGCCACCAAUGCCAUAUAUCUUUAUCGAAAUGCACCGUAUUAUUUUGAGAUAUGCAGCCAAAGCUCCAAAACACUAUGCUUUUACUAAUCUUUCUGAGAUUAUCAUACUUAGCUGAUAUUGUUUUUUGUCAUUUCAAUUUGCUGUUGCGUGUAUUCAUAACAAACCUAAUGGGAUUCUUCUGGACCAUUUAUGUAGCCAACAAACGACGUCAGCAACAAGCCAAAAGCAAGCCAGAGUAGGAAUCAAAUGAUUGAUUUUUAUUUUUGUCAAGAGUUUUCUAGUUAUAGUGGAAAUUAAAUUGUGGGUGAUAUAUUCAGAUUCAACAAUAAUGAUGUUGACUCUGUUUUGAUGCAAUAAUAUAUAUUUUGUUGUAUAUAAUGAUAUGAUACCUAUGUUUGUGGGUUAAUGUGCAGUGGUAUAUAUAUACUGGGUAGCCCAUCGAAACGUGUUCAACCCAAGUUUUCUCCGUUGUAAUAAGUUAAUUGUGUUGCAAUCAAUGAUAAAUCGCUCGCGGACAGGGUGAGUCAUAACUAUUCGGGAAAUUCAACUGCUCAAUUCUGAAAGGUACGACGAGAAUGCGUUCUGGGGAGCUUUUUAUUUUUAUGAUGUCUGAUGAAGAAUGAACAUUAUGGUAAUAUCGAAGGACAUGACCUAGAGAAUCCGCCUGCUCAUAAUUUCCAAGUAUAGGUACUCACCCAAUCUAGUUUCACGAGUAGUUUAUAAUCAGAGCUUCUCAAUUUUCUCUCAAUAAUCAUUCUGGAAGUAAUACAAGUGAGUUUUUUUUCAACAAUAGAACCGAGAAAUAUUUCUAGUUAAACAUAACAAUCGAUUCAAUCGGUAAUGAAUUGGUCUAUUUCAUUCAAAUUUUUUAAUCACAAUCACAAAACGCCUCAUCAAAGAAAGUUAUCUGUCGAUAUCAUCUUCAGUAUAAUCAUUCACGCCCCGUGUAAAAAACUGCGUAUAGAAUAAUAAAUACAAUUAGGUAAUAUGCUCUGUAUGAAAUUUUGCCUCUGUGCCGACUUUGAUAAAAAAUGAUGAAUAUAUACAUUGACAUUUUGAGCAUAAAUCCAAAAAAAAACAACUUUAUCGCCCGCCUCUAUCUUUUUCCACAGCAAUAUUUUAUUGAAGAUAAAUAAUCCACCCCCAGCCUAUAUGUCCCAAUAGUUAUGAUUCACCCUGUAUAGACCAUAUUAUUGAGGAAACGUUUUCGAUGGACCACCCAGUAUUUUAUUGUUUGAUCCGAUUGUGGUACUGAUAUAUUUAUAGUUACCUAGGUGUAGGUAUUCGUCUAUGAUUGUAGGGAUGCAUGGAUUCCUUUUUUAUCAACAUGUUAUAUUAUUUUCCAAUAUUUUUAUUGUUUGAAAAAUUAAGUAAGAUUAUGUAUUUUUUCAUUCGAAAUACAUUUCUACAAGAUA